GCGAGCGGGCGCUGGGAGCGGCGGCGCGGAGAGUGCGGUGGAGCUGCGCCUGCCGAUGCAGGUAUGCAAAGAAGGCUUUUCACGCAGAUAUCCAUAGAGAUAAUAUGGACCAGCCCGGAGUUCUCCUCUGGGUGAAAGCAGAACCCUUUAUAGUGGGCGCCUUGCAGGUGCCCCCGCCAUCCAAAUUCAGUCUUCACUAUCUCAGGAAGAUAUCUACCUAUGUACGAACCCGGGUCACAGAGAAAGCUUACCCACGUCUGUACUGGUCGGUAUGGAGGCACAUCGCAUGUGGGAAGCUGCAGUUGCCCAAGGAUCUGGCAUGGCUUUACUUUGAAAUAUUUGAUAGUCUGGAAGUGAAGACAUCACAGGAGCGCCUGGAGUGGUCUGAGAUUCUGUCCAACUGUGUGUCUGAGGAUGAAGUUGAAAAGCAAAGAAACCAGCUUUCAGUGGACACUCUACAGUUUCUGCUCUUCUUAUAUAUACAACAGUUAAACAAGGUCUCUCUGAGGACAUCAUUGAUUGGAGAAGAAUGGCCUAGUCCCCGAAGCAGAUCGCAGUCACCUGACCUGACUGAAAAAUCCAGUUGUCACAAUAAGAACUGGAAUGAUUACUGUCACCAAGCUUUUGUCUGUGAUCAUCUGUCCGAUCUUCUAGAACUGCUUUUGGAUCCAGAACAACUCACUGCAUCAUCUCAUUCAACCCAUACUAGUCUAGUCUCUCGAGAAGCUGUUGUGGCACUAAGCUUCCUUAUUGAAGGUUCAGUGAAGACAGCCAGGAAGAUAUAUCCACUUCAUGAACUUGCACUUUGGCAACCACUGCAUGCACAAAGUGGCUUCUCAAAGAUCUCUAGGACCUUUUCUUUCUACAAGCUGGAAGCCUGGUUGAGAGCCUGCUUGACUGGGAAUCCAUUUGGCAUGUCUGCUUGCCUCAAAUCUGGAAAGAAGUUGGCUUGGGCUCACCAAGUUGAAGGAACGACCAAAAGAGCUAAAAUUGCUUGUAAUAUUCACGUGGCCCCUAGGAUGCACCGCAUGUUGGUGAUGAGCCAGGUUUACAAACAGACAUUAGCCAAGAGCUCAGACACUCUGGUGGGGGCACAUGUGAAGAUUCAUCGUUGCAACGAGUCUUUUAUAUAUCUGCUCUCUCCCUUACGGUCUGUGACAAUUGAGAAGUGUAGAAAUAGCACCUUUGUCCUGGGCCCUGUACAGACUGCUCUUCACCUCCACAGCUGUGACAAUGUUAAAGUCAUUGCUGUUUGCCAUCGUUUGUCCAUUUCUUCAACAACGGGUUGUAUCUUUCAUAUUCUGACACCUACACGCCCACUUAUUCUUUCUGGGAAUGAGACAGUAACUUUUGCCCCUUUUCAUACUCAUUACCCAAUGUUGGAGGAACAUAUGGCCAGGACUGGUAUUGCUACAGUGCCUAACUAUUGGGACAAUCCAAUGAUUGUAUGUAGAGAGAACAGAGACACAGAUGUCUUCCGGCUCUUACCACCUUGUGAAUUCUAUGUAUUCAUUAUUCCCUUUGAAAUGGAAGGGGACACAACAGAGAUACCUGGGGGUCUUCCAUCUGCAUAUCAGAAAGCACUGGGUCAAAGAGAACAGAAGAUACAGAUCUGGCAGAAAACUGUGAAGGAGGCUCGUUUGACAAAGGAUCAAAGGAAGCAGUUCCAGAUACUUGUGGAGAACAAGUUUUAUGAGUGGCUGAUUAAUACAGGACAUCGCCAACAGCUGGACAGCCUGGUGCCCCCUGCAGUGGGCUCCAAGCAAGCAGCAGGAUAAGCUCCUAUAUCAAAUCACUGGGUCCUGGAAACCAGACGAUGAAAGGAAGAUAGCACACACCUAAAACUAAAUUUGGAAGAUGUUGCUACUUAAGAGACUUUGGGAUUUGUCCUUUUUAUUUUGAGACCUUUUUUUGACUUUAACUCCAUACUAAUUUAUUACUAUUUAGGUUUACUUUUAGCUAAACAUUUGUCAUGUAAACAUGUUAUUUAUAGGCUAUCAGAAGACUCAUCUUUGUGAUGCUAAAUAGAGAAACUUGAUGAAGGCAGUCUCUGUAUAUAUGUUAAUAUUAAAGUGAAUGUAGAUUUACAAGUAAAGUUCAUGUUUUAAUUCAUUUAAGAAGGUUUCAUGCUUUCUAGAGUUUAAAUAAGAGUUUUAUAGUUCUUAUAAGUAUUUAAAAGGAAAAAGCUACUCCCUUAAAAAUAGUUGAAAGAAAAGUAUAAUUCA